CUCUCAACUCCGAGGGUCUUCAUGCGCGAGGGACUGAGCCGAACGGCGAAGGCGACAGACGCGCUUUCCCCCCCUCUUUUUUCACCUCUUUAUUCAAGAGCUGGCUUCACGGGGACGGUUUCAACGGGAGGAUAGAUUAACAGAGAGAACAGGAGACGGACAGAUGCGUUAAACUGGAUACGCUGGUGAGAGAUUAACGGCAAUAUUAGCGGUAAACACGGGAAACGCGCUGGCUGCCGUGAGGUGCCCGGAAUAUCAACUACCACCAAGGACCCCGUGAAUCGCAAUCAAUGUACGAUUGAGAGAGAGAGGGCAAGAGAGAGAGGUGUAUAUGCGUGUGUGAGAGAGCCAAGUGUAUGUGUAUAUGAGAGAGGGAGAAAGAGAGAGAGAGAGAGAGAGAGAGAGAGCGCGCAGCUUCCUCUUUGAAGCCGGGCAGCCGAGGAGCCACGAAAUAUUGUAUCGGUAUCAUCAAGCCGAAGAGCAGGCGGACACCCUCAGGCAGCUCGCAAUUUGCCCUCCCGAAGGAGCCGGAGGCUCUGCUGAACACCAGCGAAGAAAGGCAUUGUGGAUGUUUCUAAAAUAGGUAAUCUACCUGCACUGAUUUUUAAAAGUCUGGGAUGCCCUAAACGAAGAUGAAGACCCUGGAGUAGGCUCUCACUCUUUUUUAUCUGAGAAAAAUCACCAUACGAGGGAGAGCGAGAGGGGCCAAACGAGAAAUCUGCCUUCCGAUUUAUAAUUUUUUUUAGUUAUUUAUAAAUUUAUUUAUUUUGUGUCGCAGCGGUGGUGGGAACUGUUGUGGAAUAUGCGUUUCCGCGGAAAAACGAGACGAGCCACAUUUCAGGCAUCAACUUAGAGCCGACGAGGCUUGGACCCGCGGGUUUCCUGUAUCCAGAUGUAAAGAUGUGGUAAUCAAACUGUGCAUCGGAGAGAGAGAAGGGUGUUGUCGGAAAGAGGAAAGGGGGGUAUGACAUAAGAGGUGUUCUUUUCGGAAAGGGGGCAGGCUGAUUGAGAGAGGAGAACACGAAUUGAUGUGCGAAAGCGCGAGACGCGUUAGGUCUGAAAGAAUAUUCCCCAAAGGAAAGGAACAGAAUACCAAAACCAACGUUUUUUUUAAACCGAGGACACGACAAAAAAUUGUUGUGUCUUUUCUUUUUGUUUUUUGACACGAAAGCGGAUCUGUGGAACCCGUCGCGGAAAUCUGGGAUUAUUUCGGACCAGGACCUGUUGCCAUGCUCCUGAGUGGUGAAGCUGCACUUUGACUCAUCGUGAUGGGAUUUCUCUCAUAUCAUCUCUAAUAUCUCAGAAUAUGCAGGAGCUGAGUGGGGGGGUUAACCCCAUGGUGACACAAUGAGGACCGCGCACAGCGAUGGAACGUAACAGAGCGCCACGCCCACUUCUGCUCUGCCCCGCCCCCUGGCCACGCCCGUUCUGAGCCGGCACUCCCACGGCAAGCACAGAUGCAUUACCGCAGCAACACAGGUCCACACACCCCCCUCCCCUGACUGCCCCCACCUCCCCGGCCCUGUUUUACCCACAAUCCCUCACUCCAGCAGCUCCCCCGAGGGGGAGGGGGGGCAGGGGCUGCUUUCCUCUGUUUCCCACACCUCUUCUGUUUCCUGUGCCUCUCUCUUCCCUCUGUCUUUCCUCUCCUCCCUCGCUCUCCUCCUUCUCUCCGAGCUUCGCUGGGGCAACGUGAUUGGCCCAGCCAUGCCGUCCCUGCCGCUGCGCGCGAGGGGGCGGGGCCAGUGGCGGCUGUGGGACGCCUGCCUCUUGUGGCUGCUGGGCGUGGUGCUCCGCCCGGUGCUAACGCUAACGGCCCCGCCCGGCAGCCCCAAACACCCGACCGUCUCCACCAACUACGGGAAGCUGCGCGGGGUGUGGCGGGAGCUGGCCAGCGAGAUCCUGGGCCCGGUGGAGCUGUACCUGGGGGUGCCGUACGCCAGCCCCCCCGUGGGGGAGCGCCGCUUCCAGCCGCCCGAGGCGCCGGGCUCCUGGCCCGACGUCCGCAACGCCACGCGCUUCGCCCCCGUCUGCCCGCAGAACGUGCACGGCGUGCUGCCCGAGAUCAUGCUGCCCGUCUGGUUCACCGACAACCUGGACGCCGCCGCCGGGUACUUCCAGAACCAGAGCGAGGACUGCCUGUACCUCAACAUCUACGUGCCCACCGAGGAGGGACCGCUGACAAAAAAACCUCCUGACCCAGCAGCCAACCGGCCCCGAGAACAAGAUAUUCGUGACCGCAGGAGGAAGCCGGUGAUGAUGUUCAUUCAUGGCGGCUCCUACAUGGAGGGCACAGGGAACAUGUUUGAUGCCAGCGUCCUGGCUGCCUACGGCAACGUCAUCGUGGUCACCAUCAACUACCGGCUGGGUGUGCUGGGUUUCCUGAGCACGGGGGACCAGUCGGCCAAGGGGAACUACGGGCUGCUGGACCAGAUCCAGGCGCUGCGCUGGCUGAACGAGAACAUCGUCCACUUCGGGGGCGACCCGGAGAGGAUCACCAUCUUCGGCUCCGGGGCGGGGGCCGCCAGCGUCAACCUGCUCAUCCUGUCCCACCACUCAGAGGGCCUGUUCCACAGGGCGAUUGCGCAGAGUGGCUCAGCCAUCUCCAGCUGGUCGGUGAACUACCAGCCGCUGAAGUACACUCAGAUCCUGGCGCACAAGGUGGGCUGCAGCGGGGGGGAGGGGGCCGAGCUGGUGGCCUGCCUGCGGGGGAAGAGCUUCCGGGAGCUGGUGGACCAGGACAUCCAACCCGCCCGCUACCACAUCGCCUUCGGGCCUGUGGUGGACGGGGACGUCCUGCCCGAUGACCCCGAGAUCCUCAUGCAGCAGGGGGAGUUUCUCAACUACGACAUCCUGAUGGGUGUAAACCAGGGGGAGGGGCUGAAGUUUGUGGAUGACAGUGAAGGGGAAGACGGGAUCACGCCCGCCAGCUUUGACUACACCAUCUCCAACUUUGUGGACAACCUGUACGGCUACACAGAGGGUAAAGACAUUCUCAGAGAGACCAUUAAGUUCAUGUACACGGAUUGGGCUGACCGGGAGAACACGGAGAUGCGGCGUAAGACGCUGCUGGCGCUGUUCACCGAUCACCAGUGGGUGGCGCCGGCGGUGGCCACGGCCAAGCUGCACGCCGAGUUCCAGUCGCCCGUGUACUUCUACACCUUCUACCACCACUGCCAGAUGGAGGGGCGGCCGGACUGGGCGGACGCCGCGCACGGCGACGAGAUCCCCUACGUGUUCGGCGUGCCCAUGGUGGGCGCCACCGACCUCUUCCCCUGCAACUUCUCCAAGAACGACGUCAUGCUCAGCGCCGUCGUCAUGACCUACUGGACCAACUUCGCCAAGACCGGGGAUCCCAACCUGCCCGUGCCCCAGGACACCAAGUUCAUCCACACCAAGCCCAACCGCUUCGAGGAGGUGAUCUGGACCAAGUUCAGCUCCAAGGACAAGCAGUACCUGCAUAUCGGCCUGAAGCCGCGCGUCCGCGACAACUACCGCGCCAACAAGGUGGCCUUCUGGCUGGAGCUGGUGCCCCACCUGCACAGCCUGCACCAGGAGUGCGUCUCCACGGCGACGCGCCAGCUGCCCGGCACCACGCGGGCGCCCUGGAACGGGCAGGGCAAGCCCCCCCGCACCACGCGCCAGCCCCCCGGCACGCUGCCCCCCGACCCCGAGCCUGAGUCCGAGCGCCCCCGCUUCUCCCCGUUCCCCAGCGACGUGCGCGACUACUCCACCGAGCUCAGCGUCACCGUGGCGGUGGGCGCCUCCCUCCUCUUCCUCAACAUCCUGGCCUUCGCCGCGCUGUACUACAAGCGGGACCGGCGGCACGAGCUGCGGCCUCGCCGGCUGUCGCCCCAGCGCGGGCCCGCCAACGACCUGCCGCACGCGCCCGAGGAGGAGCUGAUGUCGCUGCAGCUGAAGCGCUCGGAGCACGACCCGCACCGCGACCUGGAGCCGCUGCGCCCCCACGACAUCCUGCGCCCCACCUGCCCCCCCGACUACACCCUGGCCCUCCGGCGGGCCCCUGAGGACCUGCCGCUCAUCACGCCCAACACCAUCACCAUGAUCCCCAGCACCAUCAGCGGCAUGCAGCCGCUUCACGUCUUCAACGCCUACCCCGGCCCCGCCCCCACGCCCGGCCCCGCCCCCGGACACGCCUACCCCGCCCCCGGCUCCACCCCCACGCCCACCUCCGGACACAACAACACCCUGUCCCACCCCCACUCCACCACCCGCGUAUAGUGGAGCUGCAGAGCGGGGCGGGGGGGCGGGGGGCGGGGGGCAAGGCUGUGGAGAGGAAGCUCUCUUCAUGUUCCUCUUUCAGAACUAUUCGCCUCCUCUUGCUUCUCCUCCUGCUCCUCCUCCUCUCUCCUCCUCCUCUUUCUCUUCUACUCACACUGUUUCCUGCUGCUGUCGUGUAACAGAGGGUAGGGGCUGUGUUGUUUUCGGCAGGGUGGGAAGGGUGAGCCUUUACAGCACCUGGACAACAACGAUUAAAUUUCAGUCAAAUAUAAUUUACACUGAACAUUUUACAAAGAAUGUGUCACAGUCAGCUUCAUGGAGGACCCUGGCCUGAGCACACACAGGACAGGGGUGGACCCUGGGGGGCGAGAAGCAGACUCUGUCGGGGGGGGUGGGCAGCAGGGGGGACGUCCUCCUCUGCCCGGCCCGGGGGUCACAGGUGUGAUCAGGUCAUUUCUCCACCUGAUCAGUCCAGAAUCAAUUCCCCAGCACACUCAUAUGUUCUCUGUAAUAAUUAUAAUAAUUCAUACUCUGUAAUGAUUAUGAUACUAAUAAUACAACUUAUGAAAUAAGAAGACACACACACACACGCACACACACACACACGCAUACACACACACACAAACGCAUACACACACACAUGCACACCCACACACACACAUCAGUGAGUCACAGCCAUGCUUACUGUUGUUUCUUUAGUUCCUGGAUGACCUCCUCUGUGUUGCUGACUGGCAGAAUGUAUUUGGUCUGAGUGGCAGGUUGUGCCCCCCCCCCCACCCCAAAUCCUUCUCUAGCCCAGCUGGGCUUUAACAGCCAAGUGUCCCCAGGACAUGUAAAUGGGGGGGGUUGUGGGUGUGGUGUUACUCAGCCAUGUGCCUGUGCCGUGAGAAUGCUGUCUAACCCCCCCCCCACUUACGAAUUCAUAAUCCUACAGUUUGACCCACUUUAUCUUUAAUCUGAGGAGGAGGAUUUGAAAAAGGAGAGAAGGUGCCACCCCCCCCC